AUGUCAGGAAAUCCGACUCUUUCUCCUACUUGCUCAUUAGAUAUUCGAAUAUUUACGCCAGCAACAUCACCGAUCACGAACGAGUCCAAUACGGCACAAACCACCCAACCCUCUCCUUCUUUGAGAGAUCUAUAUCAAACCCAAGGCAGCAAGAAGGACGGUCCCACGACCCUCGAAGAAAGAGAUGUUAAGCCCUAUACCAUAGGAGAGCCUCUCAUCACGAUAACCCGGCGACUGCCAAAACUCAGCUUAGAUAUUCCUCUAGCUGUGUUGAGUCUACGAGACUACGAUGCUGGCGAUACCACGACGCCUCCUCUCAGUCCGGAAUCCGACUCACCAGGAAGCACGACGGAAAGUAAAACUCGCCAAGGACAUCUAAAGCAUGCUUUACGCUCCCUGGCAGGAGUUUCUCGUCGCCCGAAACUCGCGCUCAAUAUCCCGUCCUAUCCGUCCAGAGCAAUUCGAUCGCCAGAUGCCGGAGAAACUACAACACCACCUCUCAGCCCUCGAUACCAUCCCGAGACAGCCCAAUGCCUCAGUGCUCACGAAGACGGUCGCUUCAAACUCACGAGAAGAUCUUUGAAUUCCAGACCCGGCCGGAAACCUACGCUAAUUAACCUUCAUCCGUAUAUCCAAGCUCUCAUCAUCCACUAUUUGGCGAAAGACGAGUGGUUGGAUAAAUACUCGUUGAGAGCAACGUGCCGACGUUUCUCAGCUCUCAUCGGACCUCCACGCCCUGAUGGAUUCGACCGGCACCAAUGGUCCAACCUCACAGGCUCCUUCUUGUCCUGCAAGGACUGUCUGAGACUUCGAUCCCGAACCGAAUUCGUAGAUGUCAUGCGCGACGGCAAGUUUCGUCCAGGAGGGAGCGCUGCGAGAGGGAGAUACUGCAUUGAUUGCGGCUUGAAAGAACAAUUUCUGGCUGGAAGGAGAAUACCGCCGAGGCUGAAGAAGAGAACGAGGUUAAAGGUUGAUUGCGUCGAAUUUGUGGUUUGCUAUUAUUGUGGGGAGUUUGGGCAAGCACCUAAUAAAGAGGAGACAAGGUUUAUGGAUUGUUGUCGGCAGUGCCUUGUCGAUGGCAGCAGAUGGAUGGGAGGGUUGAAGGAUGGUACGAUUCUGAGAACGGCAUCUCUAUCGAGGAGGAAAUGGGGCCUUGAGAAAUUGUUAGAUGGGUCACCGGUUGUUGUUCCUAGUGAUGGGGAAUGA